UUCAAUAUGGGCAUCCCUGAGCACCUACAACACCCUUUGAGUAUAGACACCAGCAUCAACUACGAUCUUGACCUGUCCAAAUUCCCGGGGCUGGAUGAUCCACGAUAUCACAAUGAACCCAUGCUGAUAAUUGCACCUUGUUCCAGAGGAUUUUUCGAUGAAUUUCAAAGGUCAAACAGUCAAGUUUAUGGUUCAACCACAAGGAAAUGCCAAAAUGAGAUUCACCUUCCAACAAGACUUCCAGCAGUGGCUCACCCAGGUGGACUAAAGGACAUUCGGGACGAUCUACGUGAUAUCAUGGAUAUUCCAAACACGGACCUGAUCGUUGGUCUUGGUAAUACAGCUGCUUACCAUUCCAUCAUUGAGGAUGUGAUACAUGGAUUACCAUACUUUGAUGACUUGAGAUACGUGGAUGGCCCCUCUGCGAACCAGAAACCUAAAUGUUAUGUUCCCUCCUCCACAAGACAAUACCCAGAAAUAUGUACAACAGAAAUCGGACAAACCACACUUCCAGAUGUCUCAAAAGGAUGUGCUGUAUCAUCUUAUGUGAAUUACAGAAAUGUGUCUUAUAUGAAUACACCUGUCUAUUCCAAGAGGAAGCGAGUGCACGAUGAUAGUGAUAUUGACCUCAACAAGAGACAAUGUUUCCGAACAGGACAUAAGGAUUACCUCUACAGCAACCACUAUGCUGGACAAAGCUUUGGCACAUAUUCUGCCAUAGGUUUCAGAAACCAAGUUCGAGUUAUUUAACCUUGUGAAGAAAAAGAACAUUUAGUAGUGCUGGACGAAUUCAUGGAUCACAGAUGUGCCUAAAGCUUUGAUUCAAUGAAUGAAUUGACCUGUUUAUUUAUCAUUUGUUAUUGUUACUCCGUGAAAGAAUCAAUGAAAUAAAUUGUUGAAGAAGC